ACCUUUUUUUUUCGUUCCUCGUCACCAUACCCUCUAGUCUAUAUUUUCGCGUGUUCAAUUAUGUCAGCUGCCGCCACCGCCGACCCGCUCAAACUGCUGCGCGACUACACAAUUCAGCACAAGAGCGUUGAAUUCCUCGACAAAGAUGGCAAUCCAACCAAAGAGCUGCUACAAGCCGAGACCGUCAGGUUUGGCGAAGACGCGUCAUUUCCACGCGACACGCCGACCAGCUACGCCCGCGGCAACAACGAAUCAGAUCAAUACACUCUCUCGGCGCUCCUGCACUUUCUGGACCACCGCGAGCAGAGCUUUUAUGAGUACAUGAAAACAGCGAACUCGGUGGGCCUGCAGACAGUGUCAUUUAGCGACCGUAUCAAUCUGCUAAACUACUUGACCGGAAAGACAUCGGAGACGGCACAGGCUGCGGAGAGCACAGCACAUACAAGCAGCAAGCACGCAGUAGAGGACUCCAGCACUGGCGAUGGCAGGCGCAAACGGCCCAAGACUGCUGCGGGCGGCGACGAUACAGGCAGUGGUACGGCAGCUAACGAUCUAGCGAGGGAUAUUAUAAGGCGCGAGCGGCUUAUCGUCACCACGUCGUCGGCGCUAAGCAGCAACAAGAGCUUUGCGCGCGUGCCAGACCUGAUCAAGGAGGUGUUUCCGUCGAAGCAGCUGGGCGUCAACGGUGCCGGCAGCAAAUCGCACAGCGCUGGAACGCGCAAGCACGGCGCCAGUCGCAAGCGCCGUGACCCGAUCAUUGUCGUUCCCGCAGCCACCACAGCCAUGUUCAACAUGUACAACAUCAAGGAUCUGCUGCAGGAUCACAAGUUUGUCGAAAGCCGCGAAGUCAUGGAGAAGGGCGGGCCCAAGCCGCGCGAAGUGCACAUCGAGCACACUUUGGCUGAUGGCUCACAGAUGCGCUUCAGGGUAAUUGAUUCGGUGCAGGACUUUACCGACAAUGACUGGGCAGCGAUCGUCUGCGUAUUCACCCAGGGCGCUGCCUGGCAGUUCAAGAAUUGGACGUGGAAGUCGCCAGAAGAGGUCUUCAAGAACUGCCUUGGGUUCUAUCCAAAGUACCAGGACGAGCGGCCAAAGGACUCGACGCGUACAUGGGGCAUCAACAUGCUCAACAUUGAGCGGUCCAAGCGCCAUACGGACCGUGCGACCGUAGUCGGUCUGUGGAAUUCGAUCGAGCAGUACAUGCAGGCACACAAGACAGAGUUCUAAACAAAAAAUGC